AUGGUCAAGCUCAUCGUCGCAGUCCUCGCCUUCUUCGCUCUCGCCAUGGCUGCACCCGUGAAUGAGUCCACGGAUGCCACCUCUGCCGUUCAAUAUCGAUGCGCAAAUGAGCAGGGCGACCAAUGCCCCGAGGGUUGGACGUGCUGUGGGCCUAUCCUACCCGAUGUAGGGGGAACCUGCCGAAAACUGAACCCAGGCCAAUUCUGCAUUUUCUGA